GGAUUUCCAUCUAUGAGUGACUUCGUUGAGGUUAUAUUUAUAGCAAUCGGUCCUCUUUGGACCACAUGUUAUAACCUCUUUGAUAGUUUCAUUUAAUUUAUGUUGUUACUUUGUUAGAAAUAUUUAUCUGCCUUAAAAAUGGGUAAAAAGGGGAAGAUUGGAAAACAGAGGAAGGAUAAAUAUUAUCAAUUAGCCAAGGAAACUGGUUACAGAUCACGUGCUGCUUUCAAGUUAAUUCAACUUAAUCGUAAAUUUGAGUUUCUUCAAAAAUCUCGAGUAUGUAUAGAUUUAUGCGCAGCACCUGGUGGAUGGAUGCAAGUAGCACGACAAAAUAUGCCAGUAUCAUCUAUAGUUAUUGGCAUAGAUUUAUUUCCAAUAAAACCAAUACCUGGUUGUAUAAGCUUGGUCGAAGAUAUUACAACGGACAAGUGUAGAGUAGCUAUCACUCGUGAAUUAAAGACUUGGAAAGCAGAUGUUGUUCUGAACGAUGGAGCACCUAACGUUGGAAAAAAUUGGCUCCACGACGCGUAUCAACAAGCCGUUUUAACGUUACACGCUGUUAAAGUAGCUACACAAUUUCUGAGACCUGGUGGAUGGUUUGUUACUAAAGUAUUCAGAUCAAAAGAUUAUAAUCCAUUGAUAUGGGUAUUUAAACAAUUGUUCAAGAAGGUACAUGCAACAAAACCUCAAGCUUCUCGUAGCGAAUCAGCUGAAAUUUUUGUGGUCUGUCAAUAUUAUAUUGCGCCAGACAAGAUAGAUCCUAAAUUUUUAGAUCCAAAAUACGUAUUCUCAGAAUUGCAAUUAGAACCUACAAAUAAACUCAAUGUAUUCCAUCCAGAAAAGCAGAAGAAGCAAAAGGCUGAAGGUUACCCGGAAAACGACUACACAUUGUAUCAUCCGGUUUCUGUGAAAGACUUUAUUAAAUACGAAAACGGAAUAGACGCUUUGCAGAAUACAUCUGAAAUUUUAUUAGACGAUGACGAAAUCGCGAAUCACGAGAAGACAACGAAAGAAAUUAAAGAAUGUUGUAAAGAUAUCAAAGUACUCGGUCGGAAAGAUUUGCGUUUAUUACUUAAUUGGUGGAAAGCAUUAAGGGAAAUAUUUGUUGAAUCAAAAUCCGAAUCUAACGAUGUUACGGAAGAAACAAUGGAAGACUCCACAAAAUCUCUAACUCUUGAAGAACAAGAAGAUCUGGAGGAUGAAGAAAUUAUGAAGGAAAUAGAAAAAGUUCGAGAAGAGGAAGAAAGAGAAUUGAAACGGAAAAAGAAAAGGGUAAACAAAGAAAGACAAAAAUUAAACGAACGUUUGAAUCUUAAAAUGAUUCACAAGGGAGACGAGGGACCUAAAUUAGAAGGAGACGACAUGUUCAGUUUGACACAAAUUAAAACUCAUGAGGCAUUAGCAACCGUUACCGAUCAGAGUCCCGAUGUGGUAGUAGAAAGCGAUCAUGAUUCUGACGAAGAACGUAAAGUAAAACCGAAAAAGAUAACGUAUGAAAAGGAUAAGGGACAUUUAGAUAGUUCUGGAUUGUAUUACAAGUCGGAGGAUAGCGAGUCAGAAAAAUCCGACGAUGAAAGUACAAAUAGCGAAAAAUCAGGAUUAGGUUUUAGUUCAUCCGAAGACGAAGAAGGUAGGAAUGCUAAGAAGAAGAAAAAUCGAAAAAAUACUAAAAUCGAAGACGAAGAAGAAACUAAUCCUUUGAUAACCGAUCUCGAUUACAGAGAUAAAAAAACUAAGAGAAUUCACAAAGCUCAGUUAUGGUUUGAAAAGGAUGUGUUUAAAAAUUUGGAGGAUGAGAAGGACGAGGACUUUGAAUUGGAUAAGAUGAUAGAGAAUUAUAAGAGAAAGGGUGGGAAAAUUGUGGGAGAGGAGAAGGAGCAAAUGGAGAAAGAAGAAGACGAUACUGACGCGGAAUCGAAUUAUGCGAGCGACGAUACAGACUCUAAUUACGAUGUGGAAGAGAUGAUGGCGCCGAAUAAAAAAGUAAGAAAGAUAGGUGGUAAGGAUGGAUACGAAGUGGUGUCGAAAGAGCAAAGUAAUGAAAAAUUAAAGAAGAGGAAAUUAUCGGUUCAAGAUCUGGCAUUGGGUUCUUUAAUGGUACAAUCUAAGAAGGCUCGACGAGAUUUAAUCGACGGUGCUUGGAACAGAUACGUUUUUAACGAUACUAAUUUGCCAGAUUGGUUUGUACAGGACGAGGAAAAGCAUAUGAAGAAAGAAGCUCCUGUACCGAAGGAACUGGUAGAAGAAUAUGAAAAGAGAGUAGAGGAUCUGAACGUUAGACCGAUCAAAAAGGUUUUGGAAGCUAAGGCAAGGAAAAAGAAACGUGCGAUGCGCAAAUUUGAAAAAGCUAAGAAGAAGGUAGAAGCUUUAAUGGAGAGUACAGAAAUAAGUGAACGUGAGAAAGCGCGACAAGUUAAAGCCAUAUACAAGAAAGCUAAUAAGGAGCCAAAGAAGGAAGUAACGUAUGUAGUCGCGAAAAAACAUACUUCUCAAAAGAGAGCGGUAAGGCCCCCUGGCGUAAAAGGCAGAUACAAAAUAGUAGAUCCUAGAAUGAAGAAGGACAUGCGUGCGACCAAGGCAAAGGAAAAGACAAAAGGACGAAGUAAAAAAAAGAGUCGCGGUGGUGGAAAACCUCCCAGAGGAAAGCCUAAAGUAUCAAAAGGCAAAAAGUUUAAAUAAUGUUGUCCUUUAAUAAUUUUUCUCUUUUAUAUGGACGUACGAAGAAAAAACAAAAAAAAAAACAAAAGAACAGAAAGAAAGAAGUUCUUUGUAAUUAACCCAAACAAAUAUGGUUACAACAAUGGACGACGCAUAUUUGUUUGUAUUGUACAGUUGUUUUUAAGAAAGAGAAAAGUCACAGAAGUAUAAAAGGAUGUUCUUAAAAUACGCUUGGAAGGCAAAGCGUAAUUUCAGAGUAAUAUAGACGCACAUUAUAUAUAUAUGUAUAUAUAAUGUUCAUAUGUACAUAUACGCAUAUACAAAAUAUAUUACAUAUGUAUAUUUACAUAUAAACCAGCGAGUGUCAACAAGUUAUGCGUAUUACGUACGAUAUGCAAAAUGUUUACUUUCAUUCCGGAUACCUAUUUAACCUUAUCUACGUUCUUUGGCUCGACACAGAGAGGGGCCAGACGAAACUUCUUAAUCUGCGCGUUUUCGUUUAAUAAUUAAUUAGAUUUUUUGUAAUAUUAUACGAUUUAAUAAUUAAUUAGAUUCUUUGUAAGAUUAUACGAUCAGGGUUGUCAACGUUUUUGUUCCUAUCCCAUCGAAGUAUACACCUAUAUUUAGUAAAUUAUAUGCCGGAGGACCGAUACUCCUGCCGGCAUUCGGUUAAAAUCC